AUGGCGCCACUUUCGACGCAAGACAUGAAAGUUGGUUCGGCCAAUGAGGAAAAUAUUGCCGCGCAUGUACAACAGUUUUUGGACAAGCACUCCGCCUUCCAUAUUGAGCAGUUGAAGUCGUACGGUUUGGUGUGCAGGAAGGACUUACCCGUCGCAGCGUUCUCGCCUGACCACGUUGCGUCUGUUCUUCACGUUCGGCGCGGACGAUUCAACGCCAUUAUGGAGUAUAAAACCCGAACAACUCCACGCACAGUGCUUAAGGAGAAAGCGCUAGCAGUUUCGUGCGGCGUUUUUACGACCGUGGAUUUGGUGACAAUGGGAUUCGGUGGACGUUUGAACAGCUUGAUGCCUGACCCAAGUCACCGACUCCAAAUACAACACUGCGUCGUUUGUGGAGGAAUUAGCGAUGGCUUCCUUGUGUACGCGUCCUCUACCUCAAUUAUCCGCGUUGUCCACGUCGUCGUGGGGUCCGACGUGUCUCGGAUAUACUACGCAGCUUUGAAAACAAUUAUGACGGAGCACUUGAUGUGGAUAUACUCCGACAAUGGCGUUAUGCCUCGUUUUGGAGGUGGUCCUCGUGGUCACUGCGUGGAUAUGGUGACAUUGGAGCAAACGCUAGCGCUCUGGAGAGCUUUAGUCACGCUUACGAAGGAGAGGCAGCAACCUCUUCCCCCGGCCAAACACAUCAUCCCGACUUCGAUUGCGUUAUGGAACCACGUCAAAGGAGGCAUUGAUGUGUACUUGCGCUACUUAAAAAUGUGA